UGACUUCUUUUCGUGUUAGCGGCACGUGAAUAGAGAUGUGCAAAACUCAACAGCGCUUCAUUGCUUGCUGCUAGCGUGCAGUGCAGUGCAGUGCACCCUCAUUGCUCUGCGUGCGCCAGUUGCGCACCAGCCAAACCUGAGUACCUUCACCACCCAAGUUUUCCUUCUAAUCCAUUAACCAACCACGCUCCCACCAUCUUCUUCGACGACGCCGCACUUCACACUGAUAAGAUCAUCGUCACCAGUGAUCCUGUCAUCGAGAUCUCGGUUUCUAGUUUAGAUUGGGAUCGGUGAUCCAUGUCGAAAGCCCGAGUUUAUACCGAUGUUAACGUCCUGCGUCCCAAGGAGUACUGGGAUUACGAGUCUCUCACUGUUCAAUGGGGUGACCAAGAUGAUUAUGAGGUUGUCCGUAAAGUUGGAAGGGGAAAGUAUAGUGAGGUUUUUGAAGGCAUAAAUGUGAAUAGCAAUGAGCGGUGCAUAAUCAAGAUUCUCAAACCUGUUAAGAAGAAGAAGAUCAAGAGGGAAAUAAAAAUACUUCAGAAUCUAUGUGGUGGCCCAAAUAUAGUCAAGCUUCUUGACAUUGUUAGGGAUCAACACUCAAAAACUCCGAGCCUGAUAUUUGAAUUUGUCAACAGUACAGACUUCAAAGUUUUGUACCCCACACUCACUGAUUAUGACAUACGCUAUUACAUAUAUGAGCUUCUCAAGGCAUUAGACUACUGCCAUUCACAGGGAAUCAUGCACAGAGAUGUGAAACCUCACAAUGUUAUGAUUGAUCACGAGUUGCGAAAACUUCGCUUGAUAGAUUGGGGUCUUGCUGAAUUUUACCAUCCUGGCAAGGAAUAUAAUGUUCGGGUGGCAUCAAGAUACUUUAAGGGACCUGAGCUUCUAGUUGAUUUGCAAGACUAUGAUUAUUCUUUGGACUUGUGGAGCCUUGGUUGCAUGUUUGCAGGAAUGAUAUUUAGGAAAGAGCCAUUCUUUUAUGGCCAUGACAACCAUGAUCAACUUGUCAAAAUCGCGAAGGUACUUGGAACUGAUGAGUUAAAUGCAUACCUGAAUAAAUAUCACUUAGAGCUUGAUCCUCAGCUAGAUGCACUUGUUGGGAGGCACAGUAGGAAACCCUGGUCCAAAUUUAUUAAUGCAGACAAUCAGCAUCUAGUUUCUCCAGAGGCCAUUGAUUUUCUUGAUAAGCUCCUUAGGUAUGAUCAUCAGGACAGGCUAACUGCAAGAGAAGCAAUGGUAAUUCCUCUUGGGCACUGUGUGUUACCCUCUCUCCCUCUCUCUCUCUCUCUUUUUAAGUGAAUGGAUUGGUAGAUCAGGAACAACAAUUGGGUGUAGCACCCUCCCAUCCUUAAUGUUUAAUGGUCAGCAUGAUAGGAAAGGAAAGGUAAUCUUGCACACAAAAUGGCUUGACUUAACCCAGCCUGCCAUAGCAAGUAAAAUGCCUAGUGGACAUCAGGAAAUUUCCAGGGGGUUGCUCUAUAGGAUGUUGGAGGGAAUCAGCUAUUAAAUUAUAACUCUUUGCUCAUUGACCUUAUAAGUGAAUGUACUAUGCUCAUUUAUGUCUCAAAUGAUUUGAGUAAUUGGAGUAAUUACUUAACUCUGGUUGCAGUUCUCUGUUUUGCUUAGUCUUUAUAGUAAAGUGACCUUUCUGUUAUAUGACCUUCUCUUAUCUGCUUUUGGGACACUUGGCACAAUCUGAUCACAUUCCUUCUUGGCCACCAUUUCGUGGGUAACAAAGGCUUUCCAGUUUUUGGAUACACUGACAUAUUCUGGUGCUGUCCGUGGUGGUACAGGCACAUCCAUAUUUUUCACAAGUGA